CUCAGUUGGCGGUUGGAGAGAGAGAGAGAGAGAGCUGAAAAACCCUCACAAGAAAUAUGGAAGAGAGAGAAAGCGACACAGAGAAGUUCUCACAGGCGACACAGAGCAAGCGAGGGGGAGAGAGAGAGGAAGAGAGAGAUUCUCUCUCUGUCCUCUAUCCCAUGACUACUUCCUCUCUUCUCUGGGUUGUACUCAAUACAUAGAUGCGUGUAUGCGCUUCCCCUAUCAAUGCUACCGCCAUUACCAUUGGUCCAGAAACCGUUUCUCUCUUGUUGAUCUCUUGGUCCACUAUCCCCACCAUUUCUCUUUCCCGCCGCCCCCGCCGUCGUCCAAUAUGAGGGACUAUCCGCUUCGCCAGGAUGCCCACUCCUCCUAUGCCGCGCCCGCCGUCCCUCGUCUUCGUAGCGUCAUCACUGCUCCCACCUUCUCCUCGUCGUCGUCCUCUUCCGCCAGCAUACCCGCGCGCUCCUGGGAUUUCGAUUCCAAGGGGAGAGACAGCUAUCUCAUCCCCUCCAACCCCACUUUUCCUUCGCUGCACCCUAGCUCCAGCUAUGGCCGUCUGGCCUUUGAGGAGGGUUCCGAGGAGGAUUCCGACCGCGAGCCGGACUUUAACAAGGAUUCAUCAUCGACUCUUGAGAACAUUGAUGACUGGAAGUGGAAACUGAAUAUGCUUAUCCGCAACCAUGAUGAGCAAGAAGUAGUGUCCAGAGAUAGAAAAGAUAGGCGAGACUAUGACCAGAUAGCAGCCUUGGCUAACAGAAUGGGUUUACACAGCCGGCAGUAUUCAAGGAUUGUGGUUGUCAGUAAAUUUCCAUUACCAAAUUACAGGCCUGAUCUCGAUGAUAAACGACCACAACGAGAGGUUAUAAUUCCUACCAUUUUGCAAAGGAAGGUGGACAAUCUACUGGAUAAUUUUUUUGCUCAAAAGCCUAGAAGUCUUUUGGGUUUGCCUGAUGCUGCAGUUCCAAAUUCGAAUGGCCAUAUUAGCCCAGAUGGAAGUGAUGAUGGUCUUUUUGAUGAAAGUGAAUCUCAGAUGCCCACUAGUGCAAUCUUGGAAAAAAUUCUGAGGAGGAGGAGUCUUCAACUUCAUGAACAACAACAAGCUUGGCAGGAAUCUCCUGAGGGCCAGAAGAUGCUUCAGUUUAGAAGAAGUCUUCCUGCAUACAAGGAAAGAGAUACUUUAUUAAAAGCUAUUAUGCAGAAUCAGGUUAUCAUUGUUUCUGGUGAAACUGGUUGUGGUAAGACUACACAACUUCCACAAUACAUUUUAGAGUCUGAGAUAGAUGCUGGCCGUGGAGCAACAUGCAGCAUUGUUUGUACCCAGCCGAGACGUAUUUCUGCUAUGGCUGUUUCUGAAAGGGUUGCUGCUGAGAGAGGCGAGAAGUUGGGUGAAUCUGUUGGUUAUAAGGUUCGUUUGGAGGGUGUCAAAGGGCGGGAUACUCGUUUACUUUUCUGCACUACUGGUGUACUUUUAAGGAGAUUACUUAUUGACCCAAAACUCAAAGGUGUAACUUACGUUAUUGUUGAUGAAAUCCAUGAACGUGGGAUGAACGAAGAUUUUCUGCUUAUUGUCUUGAAAGAAUUACUGCCCCGCAGACCUGAACUGCGGUUGAUUUUGAUGAGUGCAACUAUCAAUGCCGAACUUUUCUUGUCCUACUUUGGCAAGCCUCCACUGUUACAUAUCCCUGGAUUCACUCAUCCAGUUCGCACCCAUUUUUUGGAGAACAUUCUUGAAGUUACUGGGUACCGUUUGACCCCAUAUAAUCAAAUAGAUGAUUAUGGACAAGAUAAGAUGUGGAAAAUGCAAAAGCAAGCUCUUCGGAAAAGGAAGAGUCAAAUAGCUACUCUUGUUGAGGAUGCACUGGAGACCGCUGACUUCAAGAAAUACAGUCCAAGAACCCACGAGUCCUUAUCAUGUUGGAAUUCUGAUUCUAUAGGUUUUAACCUCAUCGAAAAUGUGCUGUGCCAUAUUUGUAGAAAUGAAAGGCCUGGUGCUGUUCUGGUAUUUAUGACUGGAUGGGAUGACAUUAAUGCUCUCAAAGAGCAGCUUCAUUCUCACCCUCUUCUGGGAGAUCCCAGUAAAGUGCUAUUGCUAGCAUGCCAUGGAUCCAUGGCUAGCUCGGAGCAGAGGUUAAUUUUUGACAAACCAGAAGGUAGCAUUAGAAAAAUAGUUCUUGCUACUAAUAUGGCUGAGACCAGCAUUACAAUCAAUGAUGUGGUUUUUGUUGUCGACUGUGGGAAGGCAAAAGAGACAUCUUAUGAUGCAUUGAAUAAUACUCCAUGUUUGCUUCCGUCUUGGAUAUCAAAGGCUUCUGCUCGUCAGAGGAGAGGUCGAGCUGGCCGGGUUCAGCCUGGAGAAUGUUAUCAUCUUUAUCCACGUUGUGUGUAUGAUGCUUUUGCGGAGUACCAGUUGCCAGAGCUGUUGAGGACACCGUUGCAGUCACUGUGCCUUCAAAUUAAAACUCUACGGCUUGGUAGUGCUUCAGAGUUCCUUUCAAAGGCCCUACAGCCACCAGAACUGCUCUCGGUUCAAAAUGCUAUCGAGUACUUGAAAAUCAUUGGAGCUUUGGAUGAGAAGGAAAAUUUGACCAUGCUUGGACGCCACUUAUCAAUGCUUCCAGUUGAACCUAAACUCGGGAAGAUGCUCAUUUUAGGGGCAAUGUUCAACUGCUUAGAUCCUAUUUUGACUGUUGUAGCAGGCUUAAGUGUUCGAGAUCCUUUUCUAACACCUUUUGAUAAGAAGGAGCUUGCAGAGUCUGCAAAAUUACAGUUUUCUGCGAAGGAUUACAGUGAUCAUCUUGCACUUAUCCGAGCAUAUGCUGGUUGGAAAAAAGCUGAUGCAGAAGGUACUGGUUAUGAUUACUGCUGGAAGAACUUUCUUUCUGCCCAAACAAUGAGAGCCAUGGAUUCUCUUCGGAAGCAAUUCCUCUCUCUCCUCAAGGAUGCAGGUCUUGUUGGUGAUGGUGCUGAUUUCUGCAAUAUGUGGAGUUGUGAUGAAUAUCUCAUUCGCUCCGUCAUAUGUGCUGGGCUAUAUCCUGGAGUUUGUUCUGCUGUGAACAAGGAAAAGUCGAUUUCUCUGAAGACAAUGGAGGAUGGUCAUGUCCUGCUUUACUCUAAUUCAGUUAACGGCCGUGAACAGAGAAUUCCUUACCCAUGGCUCGUUUUCAAUGAGAAAGUAAAAGUGAAUUCAGUGUUCCUCCGAGAUUCAACAGCAGUCUCUGAUUCUAUUCUUCUACUCUUUGGUGGAAACAUUUCCCGAGGCGGACUUGAUGGACAUUUGAAAACUGGGGGAUACUUGGAGUUCUUCAUGAAGCCGAACUUAGCAGAAAUGUAUAUUUGCAUCAAAAGGGAGCUUGAUGAACUAAUUCAGAAGAAACUUGUGACUCCAAAAAUGGACCUUCGUGGCUAUGAGAGUCUCUUUGCUGCUGUGAGGUUACUGGUUUCUGAAGAUUUAUGUCAAGGUAGGUUUGUUUUUGGACGGGAGAUUUUGAAGCCUAAAACAUUUGGGGCUUCACUGUUCCAAAAGCCAGGUUGUGGUCCUGGGGGUGAUAAUUCAAAGAGCCAGUUGCAAACGCUGGUUGUAAGAGCAGGAUACGAUGCUCCAACUUAUCAGACAAAGCAAUUGAAAAACAACCAAUUCAGAGCUAUAGUUGAGUUUAGUGGCAUGCAGUUUGUCGGAAAUCCAUGUCAGAACAAAAAACUUGCAGAGAAGGAUGCGGCUAGUGAGGCAUUGAAGUGGUUGACCGGCAGUUCAUCCACAAGCCAUGAAGAAAUUGAAAAUAUGUCCUUGCUAUUGAAAAAGAGCAAGAAGCAGCAGCAACCGAGAAGAUGAACUCUUUAAAAGGCAACAUACGGGAAGUGAGUUCCAAAAUUUGGCCUUGUACAUCUAGGGAGACGUGUAAAUUUCACGCUAAACUCUAGAGGGUCCUAAGCUUCUGAUUCCACUGUGAGCCAGCAGCCCAAGGACAGAGUUCUGGUCUCCUACUGUGCUGAAAAAAUUAUUUUUGGCCUUUCAUCAUCUGCUUGUAUUUAUGUCUUUCAGAUGAUUGGCAUUGAGAGAAUGUUAUGUCGGCAGCAUCGACUUGAGCAGAAAUGAGUUUUUUGUUUCCAAGUUCUGCAGCUACAAAAGGAUGAAGCUUUCAGGCAUUCACAGGAUACAAUAUGUAUCGGGAUGGCAGCGUCUUGGCAUAAUCACUUGUAUAUUACCAUCUGCAUCUCUACUACAAUUGCCCUACACCCUUAUAUUGUAUCACGAUAUUCACAUAAAUGAAACUAUUAUUUUGUGAAGA